UAACCAUGGCGACAGGCGACGAUAUACAAACCCCUGGGCAGUGUGCAGGGAAUCGAGCAACGUGCACGAGAAAAGGCGACACACUCUCCUGACAGAACAUGCCAAAGAAAGGGAAGGGAAAGGGGAAGGGGAAGGGGAAGGCAGCCAAGGCAGCUUCGGCGGUCAUUGAUGGAGUCUCCACAGACGACAUGACCACAGAGCAGCUGCAGGAGCAUGUGGUGCGACUGAGGGACGAGGUGGACAAGGAGAGAGCAGAGAGAAACUUCUUCCAACUGGAGAGAGACAAGGUCAACUCUUUCUGGGAGAUAUCUCAGCGGCAGCUGGAGGAGGCAAAUGCCACCAUGAGGAACAAGGAGAGAGAGCUGGAGGACGCUGAAGAGAGGCACCAAGUCGAGAUCAAGGUGUACAAACAGAAAGUGAAGCACCUGCUCUACGAACACCAGAACAACAUCACAGAGCUCAAGAGAGAUGGUGCUGUGGCAAUGACACUGGAGGAGGAACAGCACAGACAACACGAGGGAGACGUCCGACAAGAGAAGAGGACUUUGAAGGUGGAGCUGAAGGAGAUGGAGCUGGCUCAUCAGGAUGCCACCAAGGCCCUCAAGAUGGAACACGACAAGGCGGUGACCGCCAUGAGAGAGGAAUUUGAACAGAUGGCCACAGAGCUUCAGGCAAAGCAUGAGAAGAAGAUGGUGGCACAGAGAGAUGAGCUGGAGCUGAGGAGAAAGGCUGAGAUCCAUGAAGUUGAAGAAAGGAAGAAUGGUCAGAUCAACACAUUGAUGAAGAACCACGAGAAAGCUUUCAGUGACAUCAAAAACUACUACAAUGACAUCACCCUCAACAACCUUGCCCUCAUCAACUCCCUCAAGGAGCAACUGGAGAAGAUGAAGAAGGACCAGGACAAGCUUGAGAAGCAGCUGGCGGAGACACAGGCAGAGAACAGGCGACUCCAGGACCCUCUGCAGAAGGCCAGGGAGGAGUUGGCAGAGCUACACAAACAACUCAGCAGCUACGAGAGGGACAAAGUCUCACUGGCUAAUGCCAAAGCUCGGCUAAAGGUGCAAGAGUCAGAGUUGAAGAGCCUGCGAUGGGAACAUGAAGUUCUCGAGCAGAGAUUUGCUCAAGUUCAGCAAGAGAGAGAUGAGCUGUACACCAGGUUCACCAAGGCCAUCCACGAGGUACAGCAGAAGAGUGGACUCAAGAACCUCCUCCUGGAGAAGAAACUCUCCACACUCACCGACACCCUCGAGAAAAAGGAGGCUCAGUUGACGGAAGUGAUAUCGGCGGCAAAUCUAGACCCAUCUGCUCUGACGCUAGUGACGAGGAAACUGGAGGAUGUGCUGGAUUCCAAGAACGGAGCAAUCAGAGAUCUUCAGUACGAGCUGGCCAGAGUCUGCAAGGCUCACAACGAUCUCAUCAGGACCUACGAGGCAAAGUUGGGCAGUUUCGGAGUCCCUGCUGAGGAGCUGGGCUUCAAGCCUCUCAAGACCACCGCGACUGGGCAGACUCUGGGGGAGGGGCCAGCCGGUCUCGUCUCGUCUACUGCAUGACAUCAUAGCCACACCCACUCACAUCUAUUGCCGUCUCAAUUGACAUUAUUACACUGAUGGAACUAUAGUUGCUAUACCAGUGACACCUCCCAUGACUAUGAAACUACACAACACCGGUGAUUACUAUACACUGACAUGGGCUAUUAUAUGUUAGGUCUAGAGUGGAUGUUGGGUCUCUCGAUCUGUUCAGUGAUACUUUCUCAUCCGCUCGUGUUUGAGGUGCUUGUAGUCCACUAUGUAGUUUAGCAGGAUGCAGACACCCACUGCGUGCCAGAACGGAGCGAGCCGGGCGUUCUUGCAGGAGAUGUACUUGGCUCUGUAGGCAUGGACCAGCCUCAUGGAGCCUGAUGUCAGAGACUUCAUGGAGAAGUUCCUGGCCAUGUACUGGCCCACGUCUCUUAGCUUCACGUCCCACAGACUCGAGGCCACUGAGUGGGCGGAGAAUAUAGGGGGGAAAUUUAACGUCCUUAUGCAGUGGAAACUCUACGUGGUACUUCAAGUUCUGCAGCAGCAGUGGCCUACUUACUCACUUUUCUUCUCCCUGACUCUCUUCUUGUCCGCGGAAAGUGAAGCGAAAAGCGACCAGCAACUCUCUCAAACUUGCGUGUUUUUUUAUAAUGUCGCGUGACUCUCACACUAUCUUCACGUGAUGCUGCUGUCCGAAAUUGCCCGGUCGGAAAAAAACCGUAAGCUUUCACCCACUCCUACUUCGUACCUGUAAACGUAAUAGCGGACGGGAAAUGCGCUCUAAUGGAGGCAGUAGCGAUAACAGAGCCCUCUCUAUCCCUGGGCGUCGUUUUACUGUCCUGCGGCCGCGUUUCGCGCGUAAAUUAGACCAAUGUUCCACACUAUAGAUGGAGGGAGGCAAGUACCCUGUUAUAGAAAGUGCUGCUGCGGACACAACGUCCAUGGCCGGUGGCCUCUAUCAAACCACACCUCCUUCC